AUGGAAGUUUUGGAGGAAAGCAUAGGUCCUAAAGAUCUUGGGCAUGUUGCAAAAGGCAAGAGAACAAAGAGACAAAGGCUACAAUCCCCGAUUCCUUUCACAAUCACAGCUCAUUCAUCAAGCGGAGAUGGAGUUGGCGGCCAUGGCAGCAAUGAAGAUACCACCAACAUCAACAACACCAGAUGGUCCUCUCCGGCCUCCUCGGCUGAAUUUGCCGGUAGCACCACCGAAGAAGAAGAAGACACGGCCAAGUGCCUAAUUCUUUUAGCUCAAGGUCAUUCAAGAGAGUCACCUAGGAAUCAAGAUGAAGAGUUUGGGAGUUAUAAAUUCACUAGCAAAAGAUAUCUGGAGGCGCCCGCAACGGCGAAUGGCAAGGUUGGGAUAUAUGUAUACGAAUGCAAGACUUGUAACCGGACUUUUCCUUCGUUUCAGGCACUUGGGGGUCAUAGGGCGAGUCACAAGAAAACCAAGUCCAUGGCUGCUGCAGAAAAGAAGCCAUUAGUGUUGUCUGAUGAAGAAGAAGCACAAUUCAAGAACAACAUAUCUUCUCUUUCUCUUCAGUUGGGCAAGAAGGGUGUGUUUGGCAAUACAAAACCUUCAAAAGUUCAUGAGUGUUCGAUUUGUGGCACUGAAUUCACUUCUGGGCAAGCCUUGGGGGGUCACAUGAGGCGCCACCGGGCACCAGUGGACACUAACACAACCUUGUCUUUGAGUCCAAUUUCCAUGGAUCAAUCCGAGGAAGCCAAGCAGCCAAGACAUUCAUUGCCUUUGGAUCUUAACCUUCCGGCCCCGGAAGAUGAUCACACUCGAGACAAGUUUGCCGGUGCCUUGAACCAACAGUAUCAACAACAGCAACAACAACAAUCGACUCUUGGUUUGUCCGCCACCCCAACCAUGGUGGAUUGUCACUACUAA